CUCUCUCUCUCUCUCUCUCUCUCUCUCUCUCUCUCUCCCUCUCUCUCUGCCUCUUCCUCUUUAUGCCUCUCCCUCUCUAAUAAGUGCAUCUCAUGUAUGUAGCCGGUCCAAUUAGGUACCUAAGGUAGGUAAUACAUGUAAUCCGCUAUAUAAGGCAGAUGUGUAUGUAUGUAUGUGCAGGCCGGCCAGUCUUGUUGCAUCUCGGCCAACUCCCCCGGCGAGAGACACGUAGAGAAACCUCCCAAGUCUGCUAGAGUCAAGUAAGACAAGAAGAGGUAAGCAACGCGGGUUCCUGUGCACGUUAGGCGCUACUUUUCAUUCUAGGGGUAUUUUUUAUUUAUUUAAUUGCGAGGGACGAGAGAGACUUGGGGAGGUCGACCAUGCUAACGGCCUUGGAUUAGGUACCUAGCUUCUAUCCCCUUCAGCGAAGUAUCGUUGCAUUUCAGCUCAGCCCUACCACUGUGACUUGCUAACGGCAUACCUUGGCUAGUGGUAUUGGUAUUUCGCGGUUUAAAUUGCAGGAUAUUACCUAGAUUAACGAGAGGAAUGAAUCGGGGUUGCCAACCCAGGGUCUGCUGGCAGGUACGCGCCAGGCCACAGACAGGAGAUAGGUAGAGAGGUAGGUAUGUAGGCACGGUGUGUGCGUAUGUAAGUUGGGGUGUUGCAUGCAACCAAGCCGCGUAUAGACCGCGUCUACACGGCCAGACAGGCCAUACAGGAAGGAUAUGCAGCAGGCCACGGAUGUGCGGACCAACGCCUUGCGUAUCAUUGCAUACGACGGUCCUGGUAGCCAGAGCCGUACCAGACACCUGCCUAGCCUACCUGACUCUAACUGCCUUACCAGCCGGUAGUUCGUGGUCAGCUAGCCAGGCGUUCUCGCGCAAGUCACCACGCAGCCCGAAUCCGGCCUCCGACACCGUGGCCCGCGACGAGGAGCAGGGCCAUAAAAAUAAAAGAACGCCUCCGUCUGGUGAGAGACCCUUAGCCGACGGAUGUUACGCGGCUGAGCUCCGAUCUCUCACAGAUCUGAUAGCGUGUAGGCACCAGCGUAACGGAGAGAUUCAACGUUACGUAGUCUCACCUCUUCCUACACGCCCUUCUCGAGAAGCUGGCCGGACCCUCUCGUGGCCGUAAUAUUAUUAGCGACGCGUAGUUUCAGGCUCGAAUCGCCCCCCGGGUGCUGUGCCGUCAGCCCAAGAACAAGAGCCCCCCCCCCCCCC